AUGCGGACCAAGGCUAAAUAUUGGCUCAAGCGGCUAGGACCGGAUCAGCAGUUGGACGCUCUCCGCAUCAGCGUCUCCUCCUCUUGGCCUCAAUCCACCAUUUGCCAUCUUCUCACCUUCCUGGCUCCAAAUGCAUGUCUUCGCUCUUUUACGUUUCACGCUGGAAACUUAUAUGGAAUCAAACAGAAAACGUUCAGCGAUCUCGUCGCUUUCGCCUAUUCAAAUCGAGCCACGUUGCUCAAGUUGGAACUUCAAGUACCAAAUUCCAUCACGUGUCCGCUGACACUACCUGCCUUCUUGUCCGACUUCCCAUCCUUGAAAGAAUUAAAGCUACAAGGUCAAGGCGGUGAAUCUUUACUUUUCAUACAAUCCAAAAACUUUCAUCAGAAUUAUGUUCUCUCUUCGAAGUCUACACUCUCCGAAUUAGUCUCUCCAGACAGCAACCACCCAAGCGCAUCUUGUCAUGCGCAACCGCAUCCAAUCCCCCUCAAGACGGGCCAUCGGCCUGAAAGCGUCUUGGAUCAACAACUUGAAACGCUGUUCGCACACAGUGUUGCGUUCGUGCCGAGCGAGGCAGGACCAAUCAACCUAUCCUCGCUGCGAUCAUUAUCCCUCAUAUCUGCGGAUAUUAGUGCGAUGUCACCUGACAACGGCACCCAGAGUAGUGCGUUUAACCGUUAUAUGCCUGGAAUAGAUUUCGUCCAUCUACCCAAGCUGGAAAACCUAGAACUAUGCGGACGUGCCGUCCGUCAGGAGCAAUGGGGGCCUGUUGGGCUGUCUCUCGAACGACUACCAAAAUUACGAAGAUUGCGCCUGGAAAGAGUCCCGCAUUUUAUUCCCCACUUUCUCGAGUUGGCCAAUGUGCCCCUGGAUUGGUCCCCCGAAGACGAUGAUGAUCAGCCUUUUAGAGUUGCAAUGGAAGCCAUAUUUCCCGAACUGGAAUUUAUAUCCUUAUUUUCUCUUAAUAGCUACAUGUCUUACGAGUUUUUGGCCAUCUUUGGGUUUCAAUUCUCCAAGCUUGACUCGCUCUCGGUGGCCGGGUUACGACUCGAUUCUGAAACCGAACCGCUGUUGAUCAGGGCAUUGCAAAAUUUACCGCCGCUCAUGCACCUUGACCUGAGCAAUACGGACGCGAGCCCAGGAGUGAUCGACGCAAUCAAACCUGGUCGACUUCGAAAUCUCCGGCUCACCAAUUGCAGCCGUGUUACCUUUCGCCCACUUAUACCUCUCGCCAAGCCUAAAAAGCUCCAACUCUUGGACAUCAUGGGUUGUCCCUUCAUCUCCGAACGCGACAUGAUUGAAUGGCUCAGCAGACGGGUCAAAGUCUUAAAUUGGGAGUGGCCCCAAUAUCAGGAAUCAGUAAUCAACGGGAGAGCAGAGGCAAGGCUCUAUCUCGAUUGA